AUGGGCUUGCACACAAUAAUAAAGAAGAUGAAGCGCAAGGAAAAGGAGAUUCGGCUGCUGAUGGUAGGCCUAGACAACGCUGGCAAGACGUCCAUCGUGAAGCGCCUGAAUGGGGAGGACACUUCAACCGUAAGCCCAACUUUGGGCUUCAGCAUAAAGUCCAUCAGCUACGGGAAGUACAGGUUGAACAUCUGGGAUGUGGGAGGCCAGAAAAGCCUUCGGCCCUAUUGGAGGAAUUACUAUGAGAAGACGGACGGGCUGGUUUGGGUGGUGGACAGUGCGGACAAGUUCCGGCUGCAGGAUUGCAAGGAAGAGCUGCACAACUUGUUGAGGGAGGAGAGGUUGGCAGGCUCGGCGCUCUUGAUACUGGCCAACAAGCAGGACAUGAAGGGGGUCCUAGGCGAGCAAGACAUCGCGGAUUUUCUGGAGCUCAGGCUGCUUACCAAAAGGCACUGGCACAUUGCAGGGUGCAGCGCCAUGACUGGUGAGGGGCUCCUGGAUGGCUUUGACUGGAUGGUAUCCGACGUUGCCAGUCAGAUGUUCUACUUGGACUGA